AUGGCAGACUUUCUAGGGAAGCUGUGCCAGCUCCCCACAAAGACGGCUUUACAUUCUGUUCAGGAGCGGGGGAAGUGGGAGAGCAAAACAGAGUUUAUCCUGUCAGUGACUGGUGCCACUAUUGGACUUGGCAAUGUUUGGAGAUUUCCAUAUCUUUGUUACAAGAAUGGAGGAGGUGCAUUCUUCAUUCCUUACACCAUCUUCCUUGUUACCUGUGGAAUACCCAUGUUUAUACUGGAAACAUCCCUGGGUCAGUACACCAGUCAGGGAGGAAUCAUGUGCUGGAGAAAGGUCUGUCCCUUGUUUGAAGGUCUGGGAUAUGCCAGCCAGAUGAUCAUUUUUUAUGCAAGUACCAGCUACAUCGUAGUUUUGGCCUGGGCUUUCCUCUACUUCUUCGCUUCUUUAUCUGUGGAGUUGCCCUGGACAUCUUGUAACAACACAUGGAAUACUGAUCACUGUGUGAUAAUAAACAACUAUAAUGUCUCUUCUAACCGGACCUCCUUGGUGAAUGCAUCAUUGUCAUCAUCUGUUCUGGAGUUUUGGCAGCGACGGGUUUUAAACAUAUCCACCGGCAUAGAGACCUUGGGAAACAUCCGAUGGGACCUUGCUCUGUGCCUUCUUCUGUCAUGGGUCAUCUGCUACUUCUGUGUUUGGAAGGGAGUUAGAUCUACGGGAAAGGCAACUUACUUCACAGCUACAUUCCCCCUCUUCCUGCUAUUAUUGCUGUUUCUUCGAGGUAUAACUCUUCCUGGAGCAUUUUAUGGUAUAAAGUACUAUCUUUACCCCAAUCCUGCACGGCUCGCUGAUCCACAGGUCUGGGUAGACGCUGGGACACAAGUAUUUUUUUCAUUUGCUCUAUGCUUGGGAUUUUUGACUACUCUUGGAAGCUAUAACAAGUAUAACAACGACUGUUACAGAGACUCUUUUUACCUUUGCCUGGUGAACAGUGGAACCAGUUUCUUAUCUGGAUUUGCUGUUUUCUCAAUUCUGGGCUACAUGUCACAAAAGCAGGGUGUGGACAUUUCCACUGUUGCUGAAUCAGGUCCUGGACUUGUCUUCAUAGUCUACCCUCAAGCGGUAACCCUUUUGCCCUUGCCUCAGUUCUGGUCAUUGUGUUUUUUUUCCAUGAUCAUCUUGCUAGGAGUUGACAGUCAGUUUGCUGGUUUGGAAAGUAUUGUUACCUCAUUAUCUGAUAUAUGUCCUUCCGAGAUCAGGAAAGGAUACCGCAGAGAGCUUUUACUAUUGAUGAUCUGUUCCUGUAGCUUUAUUUUUGGCCUUCUUUUUGUAUCAGAGGCCGGCAUUUACAUUUUGCAGAUAUUUGAUCACUAUGUGUGCAGCGGUCCGACGCUUCUUAUGAUUGCAAUCUGCCAAUCAGUGAUUAUUGGAUGGAUUUAUGGAGCUGGACGCUUCUCUGUCAACAUUGAAGACAUGAUUGGGUACAAACCUCUUCCACUGAUCAAGUACUGCUGGAUGUAUGCUAUCCCUCUUUUGAGCUUUGGAUCCUUGGUGUAUUUGCUCCUGAGAUACACCCCAAUGAGGUUCAACAACUCGUAUGUGUAUCCUUGGUGGGCUUACUAUAUUGGUUGGUUUUUGUCCAUGUCUUCGUUGUCUAUGAUCCCACUCAACAUGGUGUGGAAAUUAGCCAAAGGAAAAGGAACUAUCUGGCAGCGCUUCAAGACAAGCUUCCAGCCUGCAGAUGAUCUCCCAGUGAUGUCAAGGGAAAUCAAUGAGGCUUCAAUCGCAGAUUGUCUCUGAGUAAAGAAAAACACUCUGUUAUUUCAUUAAAUCUCUGCUUUUAAUAAGAAGACUACUUUCUUUUAGCUUAACAAAUUAUGCCUAUCAAAUGUACACGGGCCUGCUAUAAUGCAAAACAAUUUAGGACAUAAUUUCUCAGUUUUUUCCAUCUUUAAUGUAAUGUAUACUCUGCACUUUAUCCUAUAUUUCUUUGCAAAACCAAAAAAAUCAGCUACAGCGAAAACUGAAAAGAAAACCCCC